AUGGAGCGGUUUGCCAAUGUCUCCAUUCAGAUUUGCAACCUCAACCCUGAGGUCGCCCUACACGCGAUGCUGAUGGCUUUAAAGCCAGGCUCUUUUGUUGAUAGCCUUUGUCGAAGAACCCCAGAGCACACCGAAUUCCACGAACAAAUUCUUGUAAGAACGCAGGGGAAACAAGACCAAAACCACAACAAGGAUAAAUUGAAAGUCUCCCACGAAACCCAAUUCAAAAAAAAUAGACCAAGCAAGGGAAGCAGGUACGAAUUCUACACCCCCCUGAACACGUCCCGAGUACACAUCCUAGAAGAAGCUAGCAACGCAAAGUUGAUCACCCUGCCACUACCUGGACAUAACCCCAACACGGUCAAUAUGUUCAAACACUACUACUAUCACAGGAACUAUGACCAUACCACGGAAGAAUGUAGAACGCUCAAGGACCUAAUUGAAGAACUCGUUCAAAGUGGGAACCUCAAACAAUAUGUUCAAAGGACCCAACCUCACAUAGGCGGCUACCAAGGGCCAGGCAGGAGACACAGGCGAGGACGAGGCUCCAACUUCCAAGCUGACCAACCAUCCAGCUCUAGACAGAAUGUCUCCAUCAAAACGGAACAAGCCCCUCUAAGAGGAGUCAUCAACACGAUCAUCGGUGGAUUUGCGGGGGGUGGCCCAAGCAGCUCAGCACGAAAAAGACAGUUGCGCAGCAUCCACAAUAUAAACAUUAGCGUAAUAAGCCCACUGCGCAACAUACCACCCAUCACCUUCACAGACGAUGACUACACCGGCAUCUGCCCAAACCAGGAUGACCCUAUGGUCAUCGCCGUGGAAGUCGCCAACUAG